GUGAUCUCAGCAAUAAACUCCUCAACCAUCCAAAACUCCCAUUUUUUCUCACGCAGGAAUACUUCCUUCAUCAUUCAUGGAUUUGGCAGCACUGGAAAAAAAGGCUGGGUGGUAGAAAUGUGCUUGCUGUUACUGGAAGUGGAAAAUAUCAACUGCAUUGCUGUUGAUUGGAAAGACGGUGCAAAAGGCACCUACGUCAGCGCCGUGAACAACAUCCGCGUGAUUGGGGCCGAGGUUGCUUAUUUCCUAAAAACUUUACAGAAAAUCUUCAGAUAUUCCCCUUGCAAAAUCCAUUUAAUUGGCCACAGUCUGGGAGCACAUGCUGCAGGAGAGGCGGGAAGAAGGAUCCGAGGCAUCAGACGGAUAACAGGUUUAGACCCUGCUGGGCCCUAUUUUGAAGGUACUCCUCCCGAGGUGAGACUGGAUCCUUCAGAUGCAAACUUUGUUGAUGUUAUUCACAGUAAUGCUGCUCACUUUCCUGCCUUCGGGUUUGGGAUAUAUAACACCACUGGUCACCUGGACUUUUAUCCAAACGGAGGAACUGUGAUGCCUGGAUGUACCGAUUUAAUUCCAGAGAUGAAACAAAGUGAUUUUGAAGCUGUUAUUGCAGAUGCUACAAUCAUUGGGGGGUGCCAUCACUCACGCAGCCACGAGUUUUAUUUUGAAAGUAUCCUCUAUCCCACUGGAUACCUUGGAUAUCCCUGUGAAACGUACAAAUCCUUUGAGUUAGAAGACUGCUUCCCAUGUCCCCUGGAGGGAUGUCCAAUGAUGGGGCACUAUGCUGACAGAUUCCCAGAUAAACUGAAGAGAGUAAACCAAAAGUAUUUUUUAAAUACAGCAGCAGACCCACCUUUUACUACUUGGAGACAAAAAGUAUUUAUUAAGCUGUCUGGCGUAAAGAAAAUGAGGGGGGACAUAAACCUAAUUUUCCAUGACAAAGAGGGAAACACAAAAGAAUAUGAAAUUGCCAGCGGAGUCCUCUCUCAAGACCAAGUUUAUACAAAAUACCUUGAUGUUGAAAUUAACCCAAAAAAUACUAAAAAAAUCGACUUCCUCUGGAAUAAAACCGUAUUUACUCUGCUCUGGGCAAGACUAGGAGCAGAAACAGUCAAUAUAAUUCAUGGAGAAGAUGGACAUAGGUCAAGUUUUUGUGGCCGUGGAACUGUGACAUAUGGAGUUCCGCAGUUACUCACACCUUGCUAG